AUGUCUUUUGCUCUCAAACGUUCUUGCUUGAAGGAACUUGCAAAAUCUAGGAGGCAGGAAACUCCGUCAAUUACCAAGUAUGCUCGCCGUCUUCAUCCGGUAGCGGGACUCGGAAACUGGAACGCACUGCGUGGACAUGCACAUCCUGUGACUGCCAACCUGGUCCCCAUUGUCAUCGAACAGACGGGCCGGGGAGAACGAAGCUAUGAUAUCUUCUCGCGUCUACUUCGGGAACGAGUGAUUAUGCUUUACGGACCAAUCAUGGACACCGACUCUGCACUCGUAGUUGCACAACUACUCUUCCUAGAGGCCGAGGAGACCUCCAAACCUAUUCAUGUCUACGUCAACUCUCCAGGAGGUAGUGUGACCGCCGGCCUUGCCAUUUAUGACACGAUGCAAUAUGUUUCCUCACCUAUUCAUACCUACUGCGUCGGCCAGGCGUGUUCUAUGGGGUCGCUUCUAUUAGUCGCAGGUGAGAAGGGAAAGCGGCAUGCACUACCAAACUCCAGCAUCAUGAUCCAUCAACCGUCUGGCGGUGCUUCUGGCCAGGCGACUGACAUUGCGAUCCAUGCGAAGGAGAUUCUUCGAGUGCGGGAAGUGCUCACUGGUAUAUACCAAAAGCAUUGUGCCCACGAAGGCGAGAGUGUGCAGGAGGGUGUUGAUCGCUUCCAGAAAGCGCUAGAGCGGGAUUACUUCAUGACGGCGCAAGAGGCAUUGCAAUUUGGCAUAGUAGACAGAGUGCUGGAGAAGCGUCCGGCGACGGAGAACAUUUAGGUACUUCGGAUACUGAUAAUCUAAGUGCGUCCCUAGCAGGCGAUACACUGUAUC